AUAAGGAAGUGCUACCAAAAUCAACCAUAUAUAUCCGAAAGAACAACCAAACACAUAAAGCCAAGAAACCAGCGACACAAAUAUGCAGCCCGAAAACUGGCCGGAAAGCGCAGACUUGUACCGGUAUUUGGCCGGAAACGGAGUGGUGGACGUUGGUGGUAUCAACGGUAUGUACGGGAUUCCGGCGAAUUGUUAUGAUUUUCCGACGACGACGAGGAUGACGACCCAACAUUGCCAAAGUGGUUAUAAUGGUGGUGGUGCGUCGUUUUACGGCCCUAGCUGGGAGGUGGUGUCAGGAAUUACAGAAACGAGUACUACUACUACUACUACUGCAGAGGAACGAGCUCUGGUUGCUUCCAAGAAUCACAAAGAAGCUGAGAAACGCCGUCGUCAGAAGAUCAAUUCCCAUCUCGACAAACUCCGAACUCUCCUUCCCUGCAAUUCCAAGACAGACAAAGCUUCGCUGCUUGCAAAAGUGAUUCAACGCGUGAAGGAACUGAAACAACAAACCUCAGAGCUCAAUCUCGAGACCUUCCCUUCCGAGACCGAUGAAAUCUCAGUACAGUACUCGAACUCCAACAAAUCAAUCAACGACGGAGGAAGAUUGUUGAUCAAAGCUUCUCUGUGCUGCGAAGACAGGUCCGAUCUCAUUCCUGAUCUCAUCGAAACUCUGAGAUCACUCCGAUUAAAUCCUCUGAGAGCUGAAAUGGCAACACUCGGAGGAAGAACUCGAAACGUUUUGGUUGUUGCAGGAAACGAAGAUCAAAGCAGUGAUGAAUUGGUACAGUUUUUGAGAGAUGCAUUGAAAUCUUUUGUUCAUCGAUCUUCGAGUUCUUCUGAUCUCAAAGACCGAUCUAAAAGGCGACGUGUUUUUGAUAGUAGCCCAACAAUUGCUUAACCAUUUUUAGUGUUUUUGAUUGUUUUCAUUUCAUGUAUUUGAUUUGAUUUGAUUGUGGGUGAGGUUUGUUUUUGUAUAAUUGUAUGAGUGAUUUUGUGUGGGCUGAUUUGUAUGAUUUAGGGUUUUAGAAUUAUCAUCAUCAACAUUAACCCAAAUGUAACAAGUAGUAGUAGUAGUAGAAGUGUCGUGAGAAUUGAAAAUUGUGACUUGAGAAAGAGGAAAUGCUUUUGUGAGUUGUUCAAACAUAAAGUUAGCAUUCAGUUCCAAAA